AUGAUGUUUAUCAACAGCGCUAACGAGGCCAUCAUGAGCAGACGCUUUUCCCUAAAACACGCUUUUCGCCAUACUGAAACAAUUGCAGCCCUCCAUCCAGUUCUUCUCGACGACACCGAUGUCUACUUGGUUGCCCUGCUGGCCCCUUUGGCGGACUGCUCAGAUGAGCUCAGUGACGAGGAGAUUCAAAAGCUCCCUCUCAGGCUUCAGUACUAUGAAGGAACUCGUGAACCAUCGAUACCAACGCGACAGAAAUUGGUUGAGGCCCUCUAUCAGUUGUGCUCCACACGACAUUCUCGUGAACACCUUCGUAAGAGAGGAGUCUACGCCAUCCUACGAGAACUAGACCGAGCAACAGAAGACGUGGAUGAGAAACCGGCAAAAACGGGCUGGAUUGGUGGCGUGAAGUUGUUGGCUGCACAACAGGAGCACACUUUGCACGCCCUCAUCGGAAUUCUUAUUCGCCUAGAAGAUGAAAUGGCCGUACAUCCUGACGUUGAGAGCUUAAGAUCACUUGAAUAG